UCCAAAGUCAUCAUAUGAUUUUUUAAACUUUUACUUAUACGUUUCCUACUCUCAACAUGAAUUCAUUUGAGCUUUUUCAGUUGAAAUUUUAUAGUUUAUAGUGAGUGACAUCAUUUUUGACAUUUUGUGUUUUUAGACAUUAUUGAUUAGUUUUUUUUUUCCAUUCUAUCUUUGUUCUGUAAUUUGAAAAAAUUAUAUUUUAUUAUAUUUUUGAAUGUUUUGGCAAAAAGGAUGGUCGUUUUUUCGUUUACAGUGAAUUUUUAAAAGUUUUUAGGCUUUUUGAAUGUUUUCUCUGAUCUAUAAAAUGUUCGACAUUGAUAUCGGCAGUUGCCGAAGUUGCCGAAAAAAAGUUCGGCAUUUGCCGAAGUUCGAAGCCGAAGUUGCCGAACCCGAAAAAUUUCGGCAACCGGCAACUUUUGGUUGCCGAAAAUUCGGCAACUUUUCGGCAACCGGUAAACUAGUGCGGGUUGCCGCACAGCCCUGGUUGUAUUGGGACUUCUAUUGGAGGCAGGCACGGUUUCAGGGCCCAUAGUGGCCGACACUUUUCGUGUUCCGCGCCCAUAUAUAUUUUCAAAAUGUGUGAUACGAUUCUGAUGUCAAAAUCAUUGCUCGAUAUGCCUUUGCUUGUGGUUAAUUUGAUUUUGGAAAAAUCGGAGCUUAUUGAUCGAAUGAAUUCUCGCAACGUUUGUAAAAGUUUGAGACAAGUCGUUGAUAAAUGUGCAAUUCGUUGUGGUAAAAUCAUUCUUGACAUUGAGGAUAAAUAUGUGUCAAUGCAUUUGGACGGAAACAAAAUAGUAUACACUGAUGCAGAUGAUAAUUGUACGACAGUGACUUACAAUGAUCAAGAAAAUGAAAUUGAAGGAGAAACUUUUUUGGUAAUAGCACUCAACGAUUUGAAGGUAGCACUUAAACACGUAUCAUGCUUUGCUUAUGUGGACAAUACACUUGAUAGAUACCAAAAUAUCACAUAUUUCAAGAGAUUUUUGAAAUCAGAAGAAACUUUGCAUGUUGAGGAAGUGGAGAUUUGGAAUUCAUACGUCGAUGAUGUCAUGACUAUUCUCCGAUGCUGCGAUUCUGAAGUAUUGAAAGAUAUUGGAUUCUCGUGUAGUGACAUGACUGAUCAAUUUCCACGGAUAGCCCAAUUGGACCAGUACAAAAAAGCAAAAAGGAUUCGUCUCAAACAUUUUGUUUUAAAAGAAGAACAAAUCGAAAAUUUGUUCCAUUUAGAAGAAUUCGAAUUUGAAAUGGAUGAAUUAUCCGUGCAAACUGCAGUUAAAAUAAGAGAUAAUCUUUUGCAAAGAAGUACAUUCCGAAGAUGCGAAAUUGAUCUUAACCAAUCAAAUAGCCGAGUCCUAAAUGGAGUUGCAAAUGUAUUCAAACCGGAUUACAAUGGUGAUGUGAAAUUUGAAGUUGAAUACUCAAACGACAACUACAAAUUUGUGGUAUCGCUUGGAGAAUGUAAAUUUUACCCAUCUUUCUUGGUUUUUUGGGUCAAAAAAGUGUAAACAGUUUUUCGUAUAAUAAACGUAUAUUGAAAUAAUACACCGAUUUUUUGAUAAAAUUGUUUUAACUUUGA